UGUCACUCUGCAAAACCUUUCUCGAUUGGUGCCUGCAUUGUAGCCUGAGGCUGAAGAAGUUGUAGCGCUGCGCCCGCCAGCUGUUCGUGCUGCCGUCUUGGUCUCGGGGACGAGAUGAAGGGGUUGACAGAUGACCGGGGCUUGCCUGAAAAGGCACGGAAGAAGGUGUGGCAGCGGAAAGGAGGACGGCCAAGGCUGAAGGGCGACUCCACCACUCGCAAGAAGGGCCCAGCGUCAGUGGAGCAGGAGACGAAGAAGCUAAGGCAAUUGCAGCUGCAAGCUGUCAAAGAUUUGCGACAGGCAGUUCGCAAUGCCCGCCAGUUUGAGGUGCGGAAGGUCUGCCGGCGCAUCCGAGCGCAAGAGGACAAGUGCAAAGUGGUCGCAGACAAGGACUCUGCGGCUGCCGUGUCGCUGCAGAAGGGGCUGGCCAAGCUGGGGGGGCAGCGGGAGGCGCUCAAGGCAGUCAAUGUUGCCUUGGUGUUGCGCCGAGCCAUUGACCAAGCGGAGGUGCCUGCUGAGCUGCUGCGAGACAGCGCGGAGGCUGACGCGCUGGCAGGGGCUGGAGAGCUGCACGAGUGGGCCGUUGGGCGGCUGCUAGCGGCCCACUGUGUGACGCAGGCAUGUGAGAAAGUGAAAGGGGAGGUGGCGGGGCAGAAACGGGCAAUAGAAGUGGCGAGCGCGCGAAAGGAGAAGAAAGAGGCGGACAGGCAGGCAAGGGAGAAAGAGGGGGCGGAUGCGAAUGGAGGAAAUGGUGGGCGUAAGCGGAAAGCAGAUCAGUUGGUGGGAUUGAGCGAGGAUGCAGAGGAUGAGCCUGACAACCGGGAGGAUUCCAGUAUGUCAGGCGAGGAAGAUGAAGGGGCUGUACAAGAUUUAGCAGAGCGGGCCCUGGCGAGGCUGCGGCAGGGGCAGGGGCGCAAACAAGCUCGGCUAGGUGCAGCAAGCAGCGGUGCGGAGGCUUCGAGUAGCGAAUCAGACGGCGACGACCAGCCUGUGGAUGACCUCGACGUGUCAUCAGACGAGGGUGGAUUCGAUGGCGAAGCAGGGCCCUGCGACGAUGUGAGCAUGAGCGGAAGCGAGUCUGAGAACGAGCCAGCCGGUGUUAGUGGCAGGAGCAUGGCAGGAAAGCAGAGGGGAUCUGCCGCAAAGCCAGGCCUCAAGAAGCCCAAGAAGAAAAACCGUCUUGGUCAACGAGAGAGGAAGAGGUUGGCGGCCGCAGCCGCUCCGGAUCGAGGGCGUGGUCCACCAAGAAGCUCCACCGGGCACACGCACAAAGGGCCACAGAAAUGGUCCGCGGCUUCGAAGCAGCAGGAGCGGACAACGCUUGCCGCUCGCGGGGAGAGAACUCGACCUACUGCACUUCGUGGGCAAAGCGAAGAGAAUCGAAAUGGGGGUUUCUCAAAAGUCCGUCCUGAGUCAGCAAAGGUGGUGUUGCAUCCCUCUUGGGCUGCGAAAAAUGCUGCAGCAAAAAUCAUAGCGCCGUUCGCUGGGAAGAAGGUGGUGUUUGACGAAGAGGGAAAAAAGAAAGCUUUGUCUAGCUCCCAAGAGUCAAUAAAAUUUCAUGAUAACGAGAAGGAUAGCAAGUCUAGUCAUAUGGCAAAGGGCGAGCCAGUAUCCCUUCAUCCUUCUUGGGCAGCCAAGAGGUCCCAGGCGCAAAAGCUAUCAUUGUCAGGAACACCCUCUUCUGCCCAAAAGAUCAAGUUCGAUGAUUGAUCAGUCGAGUAUCCGCGUCU